ACACCACACCAGUGAGUGAGCACAAGAAAAGUUUUUCAAAUAUCCACUUUAUUCGAGCUAUCGGACAGUUUAAAGACCUGGCUCAGAUGCCCUGUGGGGAGCAAUGUUUAUCAAUCAUUUAGCUCAUGAGAUGAAACAAGAAGAGAGCAUGGCUGCGGCGCUGCUGUCGGAGACGGAGAUCAGCCAGCGGUCUAUGGCAGAGGAGGAUCCGAACGGGAAUGAACAUGGGGCGGCUGCACACAGCACCUUGCCUCGCUGGGGACCGCAGCAUGCCGGGGCCCGACAGCUCGCUGAGCUUUACUCUCCGGGAAAGCGGCUACAGGAGUGGAUCUGUGUGAUUCUGUGCCUCUCGCUCUUCAUUGUAAACCUCUCCUUCCUCCUCCUCAACUUCUCCACGGUGCACAUCUACAAAAUCAUCUUUGGCAUCGUGACUGGUAUUGUGACGGCAGACUUUGCGUCUGGAAUGGUACAUUGGGGAGCUGAUACAUGGGGUUCAGUGGACAUCCCAAUAAUUGGGAAGGCUUUUAUUCGCCCGUUCCGGGAACACCACAUUGAUCCGACGGCUAUCACACGGCAUGACUUCAUAGAGACUAAUGGAGACAACUGCAUGAUCACCAUCCUGCCUCUGGCUCACAUGGCCUAUAAAUUCCUCUCUUACCCACCAGAUGCCCUUGCAGAGUCCUACCCCUGGGAAUGUUUUGUUUUUGCGUUGGCAGUCUUUGUAACCAUGACUAAUCAGAUCCACAAGUGGUCCCACUCCUACUUCGGCCUGCCACGCUGGGUCACACUACUGCAGGACUGCCACCUAGUGCUGCCACGGAAGCACCACCGGAUCCAUCAUGUGUCGCCACAUGAGACAUACUACUGCAUCACUACAGGGUGGUUGAACUACCCGCUGGACAGAGUGGGUUUUUGGCGGACAACAGAGUGGUUGAUCGAGAGAUUGACGGGUCAGAAGCCACGCAGCGAUGACCUGGCCUGGGCCAAGAAAACCGGGUGACCAGGAUAACAGGACUGUACCCCUCCCUCAUGCGUCUCUUCCCCUGUUGAGGGGGAGCAGAAACCGAAUAUUGGCCUUGCCUCUGUUCCCCUAAAACUCUGUCCCUCCAUCUGCCCUAAACCUUUUUCUCCACAGCAAAGAACCACAGAUCACUCUUUCUGCAGGGGCCUUUUCCCGUCACUGAGGUCUGCUACACACAAGCCAUCACCUGCUCCUCCUCUACUGGCUCGCUCCUCUGUUCUGUUGAUGUCCACACACAAAGAAAUAGUAGAAAGACAAGAUAAAGUUCAAAACGAUGGGUUCAGACUGUCGAGAUAAUGACUAGAGACACUGUUUCUCUCACAAUCUUUUGCUUUAUCUCCAUUUGCGAAAGGCACCACUGCUUUCUCGUUUCGGUGUGUAAAAUGUAUGUUUUCUGGAGGUUGGGCUCUCCAGAGGACCGAAACCAUGUUGUGAUUUUUCCCCAGCAUUGUUUUCAUAGCAGUGCAUGCCUUGGAGUGAGAGAAGCAAUUAAAUGUGGAUUUGAUUUCGGAAACGGCAAGAAGAUUAAUCGCAGUCGCUAACACUUUUUCCAGAUUCACAAAAGCUUCUCCGAGGCGUUAAAACCCUCCCUUAGUUUGGACCAAAGGACGCACCGAGGUUGCAUUUCUCAAAACACAGGGAAAGGGUUUUGUUGGCCAACCAGCGUGGUCAGUGCUCAGUUGACCCAACUGAAUGUUUUCCCUGAAUGUUUCUUACUAAGCUCGUGUUGGCUUUAAGUACAAACCCAUUACACUUAUUUCUAAUCAGCUUACCAGGGCUUAGCGGUGAUGAACAUUGAUUGCGUCUCUGGUGUGUUAGCGUGACGUUAUUGAUAUUCGGAGUAGUAGUCUAGCUAGUGAUGUCCUCCUGCUGUAUCCUGUAGUACAACAGUUUAGCAAUGGUUGUACUGAUAAAAGGUCACUUUAGAAAAGGUCAAUUUAAAUUUUAAGUUACCAAGUUUUUUUUCUUAUGAAUGAUAUUUGCACUUUUGACCAAUGAUACUUUUUCAUGCUAAACUGAUGUGGAAAACAGCCAAAUACGCUCCAUGUUCUCUCUCACACAUACAUUUACACAUCCACACUUGCAGAUUUUCAUCAUGAACCCGAAAAAACAGACUUACUGUGAAUUUAUGUCUCCAUUUGCGCUGAACUGAUAAAUGGAGAGAAUGAGAGUUUUUAUUGAGUGAUCGGUUUGGAUUGUCUCGCAUCGUAGAGCUUCAGCUCCACAAUUUGGGUUUCAUUUUCUGGCUUUUUGCUUUUUUUUCAUCAUGCUGUAUAACAUUAAGCUGGUUUGUUCUUACUUUCCAUCUUGCAGCUAAUGCCCGCUGCUAGUCUGCCUUAAACCAGUGUUUUUAUUAUCUGUAUGAUUUAAAUAUCGAAUAAAUAACAUUUGAUUAUG